AUGCAAGGCAUGCUUCAGGUUUUCAGCACAAUAACUUCACCUGCGCAAAGCAUAAAGCUCUUCACGACACUGAAGGCGGCACACAAAAGUUGCACGGACCAUCAUUACCUGUACCUGACGGCCGUGAGCGAUGCGUGUGUAGGUGCGGACAACCUAGCGCUUCAAAGCAUCGUCAACUACGCGGACCCUAACAUGAGGAUGACCAUGUUGGCAAGGUCGAACAUUCAACGACCCGACUCCCUGGGGCAAACCAAAGAGCUGACUCAGUUUGCCCAGCACAUGAAGAUUGAGUCGCAAGCAAAGAACUUGGGUCGAGACGUAGUGGACGCUUUCGAGCCAAAAGGGGCUUCGAAGGAGAGGGUCGUUGCAAGGUCAAGAAAACUUAUUGACGAAGGUGGUGACCAGCGUACAUGCUACAGGUACGAGUAG